AUGAAGCUUUACUUUGAGGCUGAAAAGUUCGUCAAUAACGAUAAGGGCAGCUUGAAGAAUCGGAUCUUCAACGCUAAGCUUUCCAAUUCUCCAAAGCAUGUUUACGCUCUUGUGAUUUCCACGCUCAAGUAUAAGGAACAUAUUGAUGUUAUCAUACGCAAGUCUCGUCUUAAAGACGUGCCCCAAUUGAAGAAGUUGAAGGUUUCCGAUGCUCUACUAUCGCUUCUUGUUCAGGAUUUCCUCUUCUCUGCGAAGGGAAGAAUCCAGCUGGGUAAGCAUCCAAUCAAGGAAGCGUUUUUGCUUAACAAGACCAGGAUGCAAGCAGAGUUCACAAAGCUUAAGCUCAAACAUAAGGUCAAGUCUGUGACUGAGCUUCCUUUGAAGGAAGGCUUCGAUGACGAUGAAACACCUGUCCGCUGGAUCCGUGUAAAUACCUUGAAAACUUCGCCAGAGGCUCUUUUCAAGACUCCAUUCUUUUCGAGGUUGACUGAGGUUUCAUCUCUUGAUGAACUUACUGAGCCAGGACAGGUCUAUAAGGACGAGUAUAUUACAAAUCUCUAUGGGUUGCAUCCUAGGGAGAAGAUCACCAACACCCAGGCUUAUUCCCAUGGCGAGGUUAUCAUUCAAGACCGUGCGUCGUGUUUCCCUGCUGAAAUACUUAAUAACGAUCCGAAUGAUAUCCAUACCUGUGUUAUAGAUGCUACUGCUGCUCCAGGCAACAAAACUACACAUGCUGCCUCUUUUGUUGCUAAACAUGACGGUGUUGUCUUUGCGUUUGAGAGAGACAACCAUAGAGUAAAGACACUCAAGAUGAUGUGUGAAAAGGCCACAGGCAAGGCACGUAAAAACCUUAUACACCCCACCCAUGCUGAUUUUACCACUGUCAAGCCAGAGGAUUUUGAAAAUGUCACAGGCCUCAUUGUCGAUCCAUCUUGCAGUGGCUCUGGUAUCUUUGGUAGAGCUAUCGAGGACGCUAGCGCUAGAGAACAAGAGAAUGAAGAGACUGACGAGACUAGACUUAACAAACUUGCAGGUUUUCAGUUCAAGAUCAUGAAGCACGCCCUUUCUUUUCCUAAGGCCCAUAAGGUAGUCUAUUCCACAUGUUCGAUCCACCCACAUGAAAACGAAAGAGUUGUGGUAGACUUGCUCAAUGAUCCAGAAAUUAAAAACGCAGGCUGGAAGCUUGCAUCAAGGGACGUUGUUAUCUCGUCGUGGCCUAGAAGAGGUUGGGAGCAAGAGUUCACUUCCGUAAGUGAUGGAGACGAAGCAAAGGGACAACAGCUUGCAGGGGGUUGUGUAAGGGCAGUUCCCAAAGAAGAUGGUGGAAUUGGGUUCUUUGCAGCCUGUUUUGUUCGUGAAAAGCAGUAG